UGACAGAGAGAGUGGGUGUCUGUCUCUAUAAGAGCUAAGGAGAGUGUGAGCCGUGUUACAUUCUUCCUCUUCUCUCUGCGACCCUGUUGAUCACACACACAGAGGCGAGCGAUAAUGGCACCCUGCAGCCUUCCACUGCUGGCCCUGGCCUGCCUGUCUCUGUUGGUCACAGCUCAGCCCACCUGGGGGGACCAGGACACCCCCUCCAUGUUCAGACAGAUCAUGGACACUGUGGCAGAGCUGAAGGCCAAGUCUGACCUAACAGCCAGCGUGCUCGCUAUGAAAGAGAGAAUGGAAUCCAUGGAGAAAGAGCUGCAGGCACUGAAAGACAUUCCUAAGGUGGCGUUCGCAGCAUCACUGGGAGGUAAUGGACUCCAAAAGGCAGGAGACUUUAACAAAAAGCUGGUCUACAGAGAGGUCUUGACAAAUGUUGGUGGUGCAUACAACGUAGAGACAGGUGAAUUCACGGCUCCGGUUCGUGGAGUCUACUACAUCCGGUUCACGGCCAACGCUCCUACAGACGUCACCUUGAGCUCCAUGCUGUAUAAGAACGGCAGCAAAGUCAUUCUGGCCGCUCACGAGAGUCCGUCCGGCGAGGGCAGCGACACGGCGUCUAAUGGAGCCACUCUGCUGCUGGAGGAGGGAGACAGUCUGCAAAUGAUGCUGUGGGCCAACACCCAGGUCUGGGACAACACCAACCACCACAGCACCUUCAGCGGCUUCCUCCUCUUCCCUAUGCCACAGCAGCUGAAGUAAUAGGUCUACAUCCCUCUUCCCCAUGACACAGCAACCAGAGACAGACCUACAUCCCUCCUCUUCCCCAUGACAUAGCAGCUGAAGCAAUAAGUCUACAUCCCUCUUCCCCAUGACACAGCAACCAGAGACAGACCUACAUCCCUCCUCUUCCCCAUGCCACAGCAGCUGAAGCAAUAGGUUACAUCCCUCCUCUUCCCCAUGACACAGCAACCAGAGACAGACCUACAUCCCUCUUCCCUAUGACACAGCAGCUGGAGCAAUAAGUCUACAUCCCUCUUCCCCAUGACACAGCAACCAGAGACAGACCUACAUCCCUCCUCUUCCCCAUGCCACAGCAGCUGAAGCAAUAGGUCUACAUCCCUCCUCUUCCCCAUGCCACAGCAGCUGAAGCAAUAGGUCUACAUCCCUCCUCUUCCCCAUGCCACAGCAGCUGAAGCAAUAGGUCUACAUCCCUCCUCUUCCCCAUGCCACAGCAGCUGAAGCAAUAGGUCUACAUCCCUCCUCUUCCCCAUGCCACAGCAGCUUAAGCAAUAGGUCUACAUCCCUCUUCCCCAUGCCACAGCAGCUGAAGCAAUAGGUCUACAUCCCUCUUCCUCAUGCCACAGCAGCUGAAGCAAUAAGUCUACAUCCCUCUUCCCCAUGCCACAGCAGCUGAAGCAAUAGGUUACAUCCCUCUUCCCCAUGACACAGCAACCAGAGACAGACCUACAUCCCUCCUCUUCCCCAUGACACAGCAGCUGAAGCAAUAGGUCUACAUCCCUCUUCCCCAUGCCACAGCAGCUGAAGCAAUAGGUCUACACCCCUCUUCCCCAUGACACAGCAACCAGAGACAGGUGUACAUACACAGUAGAAUUGUUUUCAACUGUUGUUAAAUCAUUGACUGAAUUAAAAAUAAUAUUGAGGUGAAA